AUGGAGCUGCGGUCUCUGAUCCGCCCGGCGGCCCAGCUGCUCGCUGCCGCCUCUCGCCGCCCAGCCUUCCUCUCCCUCUGCUCUGCCCGCGGACACAAGACGACGGCCCGGACGAAGCGCGCGCUCAAGAUCGCUCCGCACCCCUCCUUCCUCCCCGACCGAUCCGCCGCCUUCCCCGCCGCCGACUCCAUCAUCUACAACCCGCCCGAGGCCGAGGCCUCGCCCUACCACACGCCCUUUAUCUUCCUUCCCCCCGAAGACCCCCGGCGGCAGGCUAUCCUCGAAGCCCGGCGGGACAGCAGCAGCAGCAGCGACGCGCAGCAACCGGCGACGUCGACAUCGUCCGCCGACGCCGAUCUGCCCCCGGCCAUGCGGUACCACCGCCGCGAGCCGCGCUACCACCUCAAGGAGGAGGAUGUGGCCGAGAUGCGGCGCCUACGCCUCGCCGACCCCGUGCAGUGGAGCGUCGGCCACCUCGCCCAAAAGUUCGACUGCUCGCCCAUCUUUGUCCGCAUGGUGGCGCCCGCCCCGCCGGGCCACAUCGAGUGGCUCGAAGGGAAGCUGGAACGCAAGAUGGCGCGCUGGGGGCCCAAGAAGAGGCAGGCGAGGGAGGACCGCAAAAGGCGGGCCGAAAUGAUGUACCGCGGCGAGCUGUGA